AUGCAGCAUCUGGCCUCGGCAGCCCCCCUCUGGAGAAAUUCCCCAAGCAACUACUAUAAUUUGGUAUGCAGCAUCUGGCCUCGGCAGCCCCCCUCUGGAGACAUUCCCCAAGCAACUACUAUAAUUUGGAAUGCAGCAUCUGGCCUCGGCAGCCCCCCACUGGAAGCGGCCAAGCGCACCAACCUGACGGACCUGCGCGGGGUGCGCGCUGCGCCCGAGUCGGAGGCGCGGCGCGGCUCCGCCGGCGUCGGGGGCUCGCGCGCGCCGUCCGAGCGCCGCCGCGCCUCCGCCGCGCCGCCCACCUGCAGCCGGCGCGGGCUCUCCGACAUCGUGCGCGCCCUCUGCCGGCAAACGGUUCGAUGGACGCGCGAAAGAGACAGCGCCACUCCAGCUAGUGCUGUCUCAUUCGAGACGAUACAGAAGCGCACCGUCCGCCGGCAAAGACUAGAA